AUGGGGCGCUGUGGAGCCUCCUCCCUCCGACAACCUGAGCCCACUGUGCGCAUCCUGGCACGAAGGGACGCACCAUCAGCCGCGGGCGGGUCCUCCUCUGGCGCACCCUCGCCACCCCAGAUACUGCAGCGCGCCGGUGGAGAUGCGGCAUCGUCGUCAUCGAUGCCGGCGCCACCACAGCUCGGCGGUCCGAAGACCAUCGAGCUCCAGAAGCCGCAGAAGAGCCUCGAGGAGCGCGAGCGCGAGUACGCGCUGGCGCGACAGAAGAUCUUCAACGACAACAAACAGGCGGCGGCCGAGCGCGAAGACAAGGAGCGGAGGGAGCGGGACAACACCACCAGGAACCACCACCAGCCUCAACACAACAGCGGCUCCUCCCGAGCUCGACCAUCUGGCGGUCGAGGGGUCGACGAUCCUUACGGUGGCGGCGGCCGUGGCGGCGGGCGAGGGGCUGGACGAAGCGGCAACCGAGGUGGCCGAGCCCGAGAGAACAACAACUACUGA